AUGGCUCCAGAAGUGUUGCUACCGGCGCAAUCUGGUGAAUUUAUUGCAAAAAAUGCAAAAUAUGUUAAAAUUCAUGAAACAGGGCUUGAUAAACUUAGUGACGAGAUGGUGUUAUCAAUUAAGAACAAAUUAGAGGUCCCAGAUACUGGUGUCAGCAUCAUGCAAGUAUUGAAAGACCAUAAGAGGGCUGCAGACUGGGUGUUUGUGGCUGAUGCACUGAACUUCUGCUUCUGGUCUUACACUAAUGCCCAGAAGUGGACUGUUGAUGGGCAAACUGGAUAUUAUGCAUUGGAAGCUGCUCUUGCUAGGGCUAUGAAGGAAGGCAUAGACAUCACAAAUCCAGGAUACUACUCAAAGAUUACCAAAGAACAGUUGCAAUCAAUAUUGAGAGGUGACAACGAAGUACAAAUACCAUUAUUUGAAGAAAGAUUCUCCGUCCUGCAUGAAGUGGGUGCAGUGCUACUCACUAAAUACAACGGAACAUUCGUGAAUUGUUUAAAAGAAGCAAAUAAAUCUGCAGUGAAACUCCUCGAUAUCAUUGUGAAUGAUUUCCCUUGUUUCCGUGAUGUAGCAACUUAUAAAGGCCAGAAGGUUGCCUUGUACAAAAGAGCGCAGAUACUGGUGGCAGACCUGUGGAACUUAUUUGGAGGCACUUGUUUGGGGGAAUUCACAGACAUAGACAAAAUAACUAUGUUUGCCGACUAUAGAAUACCUCAAGUUUUAGCUUAUUUUGGUGUGUUGACUUACAGUGAUGAAUUAAUGGACAAAUUAAAGAAUGAUGUUCUUCUACCAAGCGGAUCCGAAGAGGAAGUGGAAAUCCGCGGCUGCUCCAUCCACGCUAUUGAACUCCUCAAGAAGAGAAUAGAAGGAAAAAUCCAAGGUCAAAACGUGGAGGUGCCCAACUCCAGUUUGAUUGACUAUUAUUUAUGGUGCUAUAGACGGAAAUAUGCUGAUGAAAUGGAAAGCAUCCCAUUUCAUAAGACUUUGGACCGUGACCCGUCAGAUGAAAAAAGUGAAAAAGGGUCUCGGCUUUCUCGACGUGGCGGUGGUCGCUUACCAUCAGACCGUGACCCGUCAGAUGAAAAAAGUGAAAAAGGGUCUCGGCUUUCUCGACGUGGCGGUGGUCGCUUACCAUCAGACCGUGACCCGUCAGAUGAAAAAAGUGAAAAAGGGUCUCGGCUUUCUCGACGUGGCGGUGGUCGCUUACCAUCAGACCGUGACCCGUCAGAUGAAAAAAGUGAAAAAGGGUCUCGGCUUUCUCGACGUGGCGGUGGUCGCUUACCAUCAGACCGUGACCCGUCAGAUGAAAAAAGUGAAAAAGGGUCUCGGCUUUCUCGACGUGGAGGUGGCCGCUUACCAUCAGACCGUGACCCGUCAGAUGAAAAAAGUGAAAAAGGGUCUCGGCUUUCUCGACGUGGCGGUGGUCGCUUACCAUCAGACCGUGACCCGUCAGAUGAAAAAAGUGAAAAAGGGUCUCGAAUUUCCCGACGUGGAGGUGGCCGCUUACCAUCAGACCGUGACCCGUCAGAUGAAAAAAGUGAAAAAGGGUCUCGAAUUUCCCGACGUGGAGGUGGCCGCUUACCAUCAGACCGUGACCCGUCAGAUGAAAAAAGUGAAAAAGGGUCUCGAAUUUCCCGACGUGGAGGUGGCCGCUUACCAUCAGACCGUGACCCGUCAGAUGAAAAAAGUGAAAAAGGGUCUCGAAUUUCCCAACGUGGCGGUGGUCGCUUACCAUCAGACCGUGACCCGUCUGCUCGUUAG